GGAGAGAAAAAGUUAGAGAGGGGGACUGCAGAGGCGCACGGUGCCAGAGCCAGGACCACUGGGAGCCUCUGCAAGCGCAACAACAGCCUACACGCCGAGAAGAAGUGCCUUUUCUUAUUAUUUCUAUUUCACUGAGAAGCAAGUGUGCAGGGGGGGGAAGCAGGGCUAUGACACGCGAGUAGAGAGCCGUAGAGUUUGAGAGUGUUAACGCAGGCGGAUCCUUGUUUUAUUCCCCCAAGAUGAAUAAAGACUUGAAGAGCCUGCGACAGCUCGCCGUGCCGCUGCUCUUCCUCGCCCUGUGCGUCGCGGUGCAGCGAUCCGACUCUGCGGCUUGCCAUGGAUGUGUGGGAUCCAAAUGUGACUGCAGUGGAGUGAAAGGAAGCAAGGGUGAGCGGGGUUUCCCAGGUCUCACCGGACAGCCAGGAGUUCCAGGAUUCCCCGGACCUGAGGGACCCAUUGGACCCAGAGGAGAGAAGGGUAGCGAUGGACCUCAAGGACUUAUUGGUGCAAAAGGAAUAAGAGGGCCACCUGGAUUGCCAGGAUUUCCAGGAACGCCAGGACUUCCAGGUCUGCCUGGGCAGGAUGGACCUCCAGGGCCGAGAGGAGUGCCCGGAUGCAACGGAACAAAGGGUGAACGGGGUUUCCAAGGAACUUCAGGAAUUCCUGGACAGCCAGGACGACAGGGUCCACCUGGUCUGCCAGGACAAAAGGGUGACCCAGGCGAUGUGAUCUCCACCAAUCGUUUUGGAGAGAAUGGAGCAGUGGGAUUGCCCGGACUGCCAGGAGCUCCUGGAUCUCCUGGACCACAAGGUUCGGAGGGUCCACUCGGCCCUCCAGGACCCAGAGGUCUUGAGGGUCGUCCAGGUCCUCCAGGUCUUCCUGGACCAAAGGGAAACAUGGGACUGAACUUCCAAGGACCCAAAGGAGAGAAGGGUGAACCAGGUCUGCCAGGACCUCCUGGUCCUCCCGGGCAAGUGGGAGAACAGAAGAGGCCACCUGAGACAGAGAUUCAGAGAGGAGACAAGGGUGAUCCAGGAAUUCCAGGCCCUCCAGGUGAUCCAGGCUACCCAGGACCUCCUGGUCCAUCUGGAGGACAGAAAGGAGAAAAGGGAGAACCAGGGGAAGCAGGCAAAAGAGGCAAAUCAGGCAAAGAUGGCGACCCUGGAACUCCAGGCUUCCCUGGAAUCAAAGGAGACCCAGGCCUGCCAGGUCCUCCAGGCAGGGAUGGAGAGAGAGGCUUAAAAGGUGAUCGUGGAUAUCCAGGCCCACCGGGAGUGGUGCUUGGCGGACAGGCAGGAGGUCAGGUCGGCCCUAAAGGUGAGCCCGGAUACCCGGGAGCAACUGGAGUCAAAGGAGAUAGAGGGCCACAAGGUUUAACAGGACCUCCAGGAGCACCAGGACUUCCAGGUUUCGGUGGUGGUGGUCAGCCUGGACCUCCAGGCUUCCCAGGAGAGAGGGGUCAGAAGGGAGACAUCGGCGCUCCAGGGCUGUCUUUGCCAGGUCCCCCUGGACGUUCAGGGUCUCCUGGUGCCCAGGGUCCACCAGGGCUUCCCGGACCUCCGGGCUUUUCCACGGCAGGACAAAACUGCGUCGCUGGAGAGCCCGGGCGUCCCGGUGUGCAGGGAGAGAGAGGUUACCCCGGAGAGGCAGGACAGAAAGGUGAGAAGGGAGACACCUGUGUGAACUGCUUUGGCGGUACCACUGGCAUCCCAGGACCCCCAGGACCAGCAGGACAGCCCGGAUUCCCCGGUUCUCCUGGUAGCCCAGGUAUCAAAGGAGACAGAGGAUACCCAGGAACACCUGGUAGCAUUGGACCUGCUGGUUCCCCCGGUUCUCAAGGUGCUCCAGGAUUCCAAGGAGAGAAGGGAGACCCAGGCGAUGCCAUCACAGUCAGCGGUGUGAGGGGAGAUAAGGGUGACACUGGCUUCCCCGGACCACCUGGUCUGCCCGGUCUGGAUGGUCGCCCUGGUCGUGACGGACAGCCUGGAGCCCCUGGACCCAAAGGAGCUCCUGGCUCUCUGCUGGUGAAAGGAGAACGUGGUAUCCCUGGUGAGCCAGGUUCCCAAGGUAUCCCAGGAGACAGAGGUCCUCCAGGAAGCCCUGGCUUUGGACCUCAGGGACCUCCAGGAGAGAAAGGUGUCCAGGGCGUCUCAGGAAGACCUGGCGGACCUGGUGCACCUGGUGCUAAAGGUGAACCAGGCCUCACAGUGUCCGAGAAAGGCUUACCAGGACCCAGAGGACUGGAUGGAGAGCCAGGACUGUCUGGAUCGCCAGGUAACCCAGGUCAGCCCGGACAGAAUGGUUUCCCUGGUUUACCAGGAGCGAAGGGUGACCCUGGACUCCCAGGCAUCGGACUUCCAGGACCCCCAGGCGUUAAAGGUUUCCCAGGUAUCCCUGGCCAGUCAGGAUCUCCUGGAGGACCAGGAAGACCAGGAGUGGAUGGACUCCCCGGCCAGCCUGGGUUCCCUGGACCAAAGGGUGAGCCUGGCUUUGGCCUUCCUGGCCCCCCAGGUUUGCCAGGAGUACCUGGAUCUAAAGGUUUCCCCGGACCAAAGGGAGAUCCUGGUUUCCCUGGCGGCCCCGGUUCACCCGGACGAUCUGGAUUUGAUGGCGGACCGGGAACUAAAGGUGAACCCGGUAGCCCUGGUAUACCUGGAGCUCGUGGCCCACCUGGAUCUGCCACCACCGGCUCACUGGGGCAGCCAGGCUCCCCUGGACCCCCUGGACCAAUGGGACCACCAGGAUUCCCUGGAUCAAACGGAGAGAAGGGAGACCCCGGUCCUCCAGGUCUAGACAUCCCAGGUCUGCCAGGAGACAGAGGUAGCCCCGGUUUCCCAGGUUCCCCAGGACCAGCUGGAACCCCAGGACCUCCUGGAGGACCUGGACGGGACGGCCUGCCUGGACUGCCAGGUUCGAAAGGAGACAUGGGUCCUAUGGGACCUCCAGGACCUUCUGGAGGGCCAGGAGGACCAGGAGGGCCUGGUGCUCCCGGACUUAAAGGUGAGCCUGGAUUCCCGGGUAGAGACGGAGGACCCGGCGGUCCUGGUGGUAAAGGAGAGAGAGGUGACCCUGGUGUCCAGGGACCCCCAGGAACCAGCCAGCCACCAAUGGCCACAAAGGGAGCCAAAGGAGAUCCUGGACUACCAGGUGCCCCAGGUCUUCCAGGUCAGAAAGGUAUCCCUGGUCUCAAUGGUGACCCCGGACUGCCAGGAUCAGAUGGACGCCCUGGACUCCCUGGACCUUCAGGUCCUAAGGGAGAUCCUGGCAUCCCAGGAGGCCCAGGUGCUCCCGGAGGUCCAGGAUCAAAGGGUGGCAUGGGAGAAAUGGGAUUUCCAGGACCGUCAGGGCAGAAGGGUCUGCCAGGUACGCCAGGUAGGCCAGGAUCCUCCGGACAGCCAGGAGGACCUGGUUUCCCUGGAGCUAAAGGUGAACCAGGCUCUGCUGGAGUUGGACCACCAGGACAGUCCGGACCCAAGGGUGAACCAGGCCAGCCAGGGUUCCCAGGAAGUCCAGGACUUAAAGGAAGUCCAGGAGCACCCGGCCUUCCAGGUUUACCAGGAGGACCAGGUUCCAAAGGCGACCCUGGACUCCCAGGAUUCCAAGGUACUCCCGGCGUCCCUGGUCCCAAGGGUCUCGAUGGUGGGCCCGGUGCCCCAGGUCUCACUGGCGCGCCUGGUAGACCAGGAGAGUCUGGCCGACCAGGAGGACCAGGGUUGCCAGGAGAGAAGGGUCAGGCAGGUCGGGACGGGAUCCCAGGACCGGCUGGAGUCAAAGGAGAGCCAGGACUUCCUGGUUAUGGUGGUCCUGGUCCUUCUGGGCUUCCAGGGUUGCCAGGUGCAAAGGGAGACCCAGGUCUUCCCGGCCCAUCUGGCAGUCCCGGUUUCCCUGGCACUAAAGGAGAGGCUGGUUUCCCCGGUGCGCCCGGCCCAGCAGGCAACGCUGGCCCUCCUGGGGCUCCAGGACUGGCUCUUCAAGGCCCCAAAGGACUCCAAGGACCCCCUGGGCCACCCGGAAGAGCAGGUGGACCCGGACCAGAGGGUCCCCGUGGGCCUCCAGGAAGUGGCGGCAUUAAGGGAGAGAAGGGUAUUCCCGGAGCUCCUGGCCAGCCGGGCUUCCCCGGACAGAAGGGAGACGGUGGCACUCCUGGAUUCUCGGGUCCCUCUGGUCUUCCCGGUAGUCCUGGUCUGAAGGGAGAUAUCGGUCUGCCUGGCGUUCCUGGAUUCCCUGGACCAAAGGGAGACUCAGGAAUUCCUGGCAGCAGCGGCCUUCCCGGUGACCCUGGAGAUAUCGGACCCAUUGGCCCCCCUGGUGACCCCGGUGUACCUGCAGCUCCCAUCGUGGUGAAGGGAGAGCGAGGACCCCCUGGUCCUCAAGGCCUGCCCGGUGGUCGGGGACUCCCUGGUUCUUCUGGGCGUGACGGAGUUCCAGGUCUGCCUGGUGAUCCUGGGGAUUCUGGUCCAGAGGGUCCUCCUGGCUUCAGCGGCCCACCCGGCAGGAAGGGAGACAACGGACCCGCUGGUCAGCCUGGUCAGCGUGGCUACCCUGGUCCCCCUGGUUCAGACGGUCCACAGGGUCUUCCCGGUCCUCCGGGCUCAGUCUCUGCAGCCCACGGCUUCCUCAUCACUCGCCACAGCCAAGGUCAGGAUGUGCCCUACUGUCCCGAAGGAACUAACCUCAUCUACGACGGUUACUCCCUGCUGUACGUGCAGGGCAACGAGAGGGCGCACGGACAGGACCUUGGCACGGCCGGCAGCUGUCUGCGCAGGUUCAGCACCAUGCCCUUCAUGUUCUGCAACAUCAACAACGUCUGCAACUUUGCCUCCCGCAACGACUACUCCUACUGGCUGUCCACGCCGGAGCCCAUGCCCAUGUCCAUGGCCCCCAUCACUGGAGAGGGCAUCAAGCCCUACAUCAGCAGGUGUUCAGUGUGUGAAGCUCCAGCCAUGGUGAUCGCAGUCCACAGUCAGACCAUCCAGAUUCCCACUUGCCCUUCGAAUUGGGAAGCUCUGUGGAUAGGAUACUCCUUCAUGAUGCACACCAGUGCAGGUGCAGAGGGCUCCGGUCAGGCCCUGGCCUCCCCCGGCUCCUGCCUGGAGGAGUUCCGCAGCGCGCCCUUUAUAGAGUGCCACGGCAGAGGGACGUGCAACUACUACGGCAACUCGUACAGCUUCUGGCUGGCCACUGUGGAACCCUCUGAGAUGUUCAGGAAGCCCCAGUCGGAGACACUCAAGGCGGGUAACCUACGGACGCGCGUCAGCCGUUGCGUGGUCUGCAUGAAGAGGACGUAACGGCACACGGCAACGAGCAAACCCACCGUUGCCAGGGACGCAUAAAUCAAUACCGAGAUGAUUGGAUGAUGGGAGACAAGUAAGGGGUGGGGGCGGUGGUCACAGCGACGGAUAGGCCGUCGCCUGACGACAAGGUGGAAUUCCAAUGGUGCAUUGUCUUCCGGAAAACAAACUUACAACUUAAACAAUGGUGCUACUGUGCAACACAGCUUAAAAAAAAAAAGAAAAAGAAAAGAAAAAAACUGACGUAAAUAAAUCUUACAUUUAUUCUUUGUUUCUCUUAAGAAGUACCUCAAAAUGAAAGCAGAAAAAUAUCCACUAAAUGGUGCCAUGAUGGAUGUGUGACAACAAAAGUGCAUUUUUCAUUCUUCUCCCUUCUUUCCCAAAAAAAGGAUCACAUUUUCCUUUCUCUUGUUUUUUUUUAAAAAAAAAAAAAGUCACUUUUGACGUUGGUGCAACAAAAAUGUGAUACUGUACAUCCCUGUCUAGACAGAAGUGCGCUUUUUUUUUUUUUUUUCUUCUUCUUUUUUUUUCUUUUUUUUUUUUGGCCUUAUUGAUGAGGAGUGGAUGGUCUCCACGGUUACCAAAUCGGCACUUUGACUUCGGAACAUCCAAGAUGAGAGAUGCACUGACGAUGAGCUUUCCUUAGCGAGACUGCCUUUUUUUUUUUUUAUUAUUAUUACUAGCUCUUCAUUCACACACUCUUUCUCUCUCUAUCUCCGUCAUGUUUCUGUGGUUUUAACGUUACAUUUGGUGGUACUAACCCUGCUGUAGCCCACCUUCUAACCAUCAGCCUACACCUUCUUCCUCUUACCUUUUUUUUUUUGUAAGUAAUAAAAUGUGUAUAUUGUGUAAAACACCUUUUGUUUUUAGUGUAUUAGGUCCUGAAUCGGUACCAGCUGUUUGUUAUACGACAAUUUUUUCCAGGUUCCUUUUUAGCUCACACACUCACGCGCUCACACACAAUUACACACACAUACACCCACACACAUUCAUGCAUUCACUUCAAUGCUUACUGACGCACAUCGACUCAGAUAUUGUACAAAGUAAGGCUUUUAUGAAUGAAACAGUAUUUUAUAUAUAAUAAAUAUAUAUUUGAAAAAAGAGGAUAAAAAGGUAUAUAAACUUUAUUCGGCUGUGGGGAGAUUGUUCGCUGUUUUCAAACGCUAACAAAGUUCAGGCAUUUCACUGAAAAAUAAAGCCAACUACUGAGCACAGACAGAGCCAUUUUCCCUUCAACGUAACAGUCUUGUAUGAUAUUAACGAUGCCAAUCACUUAAACCUUUUGUAUUCAAGUUGUAGAAUUGAUAAAUGUUGAACUGAGAUAAAGGGGAUUUGCUUUUACGUAGUCUAAUGAUUGGGGAAUGUGACAGAUAUUUGUGCAAAAAGGAUUUGAAUUAAAUCUUGGCUCCUUGAUUAGAAAACCUCGAUAUUUGUUUUGUGUUCUUUAACAUUUCCAGGUGCUGGGCUUUGCUCGUAAAAAGAGGGCCUGAGGUUUUGGGGGCUUUGCACCCCAAAACCUUCAAAUCCACUUUGACUGGCUUGAAUUUGUAUCUAAAAUUGGUAAAAAAGUGUUCACACUCGACCCUGUUGAAACACAGGUUGAAGUGUCUGUACAUUUGUUGUUAACAGUCCCUGAUGUGACACUUCUCUCACGUCGGGUGUACAGACUCCUGAUGUACUGAAAGUCUACAAGAGCUGUUUUAGGGGGGAAGAUUUUUUUUUUUUUUUUCCUGUGAUUUUAUUGUUAUUUUUAUUUUUUCAAAACUGCUUUUAUGAAUUCUAAUUAUGUCAACCUGGGGUGCGAUUAAAAAAUGUGUAUUUGUUUUUUUUUUCUUUUUUUGUUUAUUUUUCAUGUCAUGUUAUCCAGAAGUUGUUAUAAACUUUUAAGACUGAAAUAAAUACUAUGUCCAAA